AUGUUUCGCAAAUUCUUACCCACCGAAGCAAUCACAAGCAGCUACAGCAAUGCCGCCGAGCGCCUACAACAAAUCAAAGCGCACAUCGCCCCAGUAGCGCAGGUCACUCAGCUCAAAGACGAUAUCAUCCAACAUGACUGGAAGAAUACACUAACAUCCGCCAAAAACAACAUCGUUCAGCAAGUCACCGAACAUCCCUACCAGACUGGCCUUAGUCUCGUGUGUAUUACAACACCACAAGCAGUAAGCGGGCCCAUCUUGAACUCUGUUGGAUUUGGAGCAGUGGGCCCGACUGCUGGUACCAUAGCAUCGCAGAUUCAUUCGUGGAUCGGAUCUCCUGUUGCAAGAGGAGGAUAUGCCAUUUUCACGAGCGCGGGUAUGGGAGGGUAUGGGACGCUAGCUGUUAAUGGUGUUAUUCGUGGGGUUGGGGCGGUUUUGGGUCAACGAGCAAAGCCCACCCUGGUUCGUAUCACCAAGUACAUCAAGCGACACCCAUUCAAGGCGACAGCUAUUGGGGUCAGCGUGCUAGCACCCGGUCUAGUCUCCGGUACUAUCUUAGGGCUUCUGGGAUUCAGCUCAGCAGGACCAGCGGCUGGGAGUGUGGCCGCAUUGGUUCAGUCGUCGAGCCCACCUGUUGCAGGGGGGAUAUUUGCUUGUCUGCAGAGUGCAGCGAUGGGUGGGUAUGGCGUGGCGGUUGUCUAUGGGUUGGUUAUGGCGAGUGCGGCAGCUUUGGGUUGGAUGGCACUUUGA